GGGUUGGUUACGGCCCGGUGAGGUGGAUGUGCCCGAGUAUUUAUUCAUGCCGGAGCCCCCUUCUCGGCUACUGAGCGAUGAGUUAGAGUGCCAACCAUACGGCUGUUUCAUCAAAGGAGUACCCAGAAUCCCCUCAAUACCUCUACUUCUUCUCGUCGUAUAUAGUGCUGUAAGCCAUGGCCUCAGCUCCGAGAUUCUACUCUCCCCGGCGCGGCGAGCUGGACGGCGACGCCGUCGAGCCCGUGGCGAUAGUCGGAUUCUCCUUGAAGUUCCCACAGGAUGCCACAAGCCCGGACGCCUUCUGGGACAUGCUGGCGGAGCGGAGGUCUGCCAUGACCGACGUUCCCGCGGACAGGUGGAGCGCCGAAGGAUACUAUACCGCCGACUCGGGGAAGCCCGGCAUGAACAAUGUCGAGGGCGCCCACUUCGUCAAGGAGGACGUCAGCCUCUUCGACGCCCCAUUCUUCUCCAUAACGCCCACCGAGGCAAGGUCGAUGGACCCGCAGCAGAGAUGGCUGCUGGAGUGCUCCUACCGGGCAUUCGAGAACGCCGGCAUGUCGUUGGAACAGGUCGCCGGCAGCGACACGACGGUCCACAUGGGCUGCUGGUCGGGCGAGUUCAACUCCCUCUCCCACCACGACCACGAGCUGCACACGCCCUACUUCCUCACCGGCACGGGCAACGCCCUGAUCGCAAACAGGGUCAGCUGGUUCUUCGACCUGCGCGGCUCCAGCGCUACUAUCGACACGGGCUGCUCGAGCAGCAUGGUGGCGCUGCACCAGGCGUGCGAGUCGCUCCGGAGCGGCCACUCCUCCAUGGGCCUCGUCGGCGGCAUCAACCUCAUCCUGACCCCGCACACCUUCACCCACCUCACCGACCUGGGCAUGCUGAACCCGGCCGGCAAGUCGUACACCUUCGACUCGCGCGCCCACGGCUACGCGCGCGGCGAGGGCAUCGGCGUGCUGGUGCUCAAGCGCCUGCGCGACGCCCUGCGCGACGGCGACUGCGUCCGCGCCGUCGUCCGCAACACGGGCUCCAACCAGGACGGCCGGACCCCGGGCAUCUCGCAGCCGAGUAGCGCCGCGCAGGAGGACCUGAUCCGCACCGUCUACGCGCGCGCGGGCCUGAGCCUGGCGGACACGGGCUACUUCGAGGCCCAUGGCACCGGCACGCCGCUGGGCGACGGCAUCGAGGCGCGCGCCAUCGGGGCCGUGUUUGGACCUGUCAGGGAGCCUGGCAGGCCGUUGUACGUCGGGGCAGUCAAGACGAACCUCGGGCAUCUCGAGGGCGCCAGCGGGGUCGCGGGGGUGAUCAAGACGAUCCUCGUGCUGGAGAAGGGGAUAAUACCGCCAAACAUGUGGUUCGAGGAGAAGAACCCUGCCAUCGAAGACGGCUGGAAUCUCAAGUUCCCUACCGAGCCGACGCCGUGGCAGACCCGCGGCCUGCGCCGGGCCUCGAUCAACUCGUUCGGGUACGGCGGGACCAACGUGCACGCCGUGCUCGACGACGCGCGCUCGUACCUCGAGUCCCGCGGCCUGCGCGGGAACCACAACACGGCCGGCGACCCGUCACUCGUGACGAGCGAGCACGUCGACGUCUCCGGCGGCAGCGGCGGCGGUGGCUGCCAGCCGGUGGCGCUGCUGCCCGCCGUGCCGCGCCCGCUGCUGUUCGUGUGGUCGACGCACGACGAGGACGGCCUGCGCCGCGUCGCCGAGGCCUAUUCCGGGUACCUCGCCACGACGAGGGCUGCGCGCGGGGAGCACCCGGGCCGUUGCGGCGGCGAGGCCGAAUUCCUCUGCAGGCUGGCGCACACUCUGGCGUCGAGGCGGACCAGACUGCCCUGGAGGUCCUUCACCGUCGCGGCCAGCCGCAGCGAGCUGUUGGCGCGCUUGGGCGAUGGCAAGUCGGCGCCUUCGCCGCCAGUCAGGGCCGCGUCGUCGCCGCCGCUCAAGGUCGGCUUCGUGUUCUCGGGCCAGGGGGUCCAGUGGCACGCCAUGGGGAGGGAGCUCCUCGUCUACCCUGUAUAUAGACGCGCUCUCGAAGAGGCCGACGAGGCGUUGCAGACGCUUGGAUGCUGGUGGUCAUUGAUCGACGAACUCACCAAAAACGCCGACUCGUCCAACGUCGACAACCCUGCCUACAGCCAGCCCCUCUGCGCAGCCGUCCAGAUUGCGCUGGCCCGGCUGCUGGCGAGCUGGGGCGUACGCCCGGCCUCGGUGGCGGGCCACUCGUCGGGCGAGAUCGCGGCCGCGUACUGCGCGGGCGCGCUCAGCCUGCGCGCCGCCAUGAAGGUGGCUUACUUCCGCGGUGCCCUAUCUGCCGACCUGCUGGUGCGGCAGCUCACAUCGGGCGGCGGCGGCGGCAGCGGCCGUGGCAUGAUGGCCGCGGCGCUGUCCGAGGCCGCGGCAAACUCGUACCUCGAGAGAGGCGGGCUCGCCAACGUGGCCGUGGGGUGCGUCAACAGCCCGCAAAACGUCACCUUUACGGGUGACAGGGGCCAACUGGUCAGGCUGGAGCAGACUCUCAAGUCCGAGGGCGUGUUUUGCCAGCUCCUCAACGUCGGCAGCGCCUAUCACUCCAAGUACAUGGAGGUGGUUGCCUUGAGAUACCAAAAGUGCAUGGGCUCGUUGGAGACGAAUGGCGACGCCGACCCAGCAACAAGUCCGGUGAUGUUCUCAUCCACCACCGGAAGGCGAGCCACGGCCGACGAGGUGUCCAGGGCCGAGUACUGGGUCAAAAACCUCGUCUCUCCGGUCUUGUUCUCGGCCGCCUUGUCCGAGAUGCUCAGGGAGGAGACCGUCAGCACCAACGGCGGCGAGAAAACUGGAGUCAACUACAUCCUAGAGGUGGGCCCGCACGGGGCGCUGCGUCGUUAUGUCCAAGAGAUUCGCGAUGCUCUCCCUCAGGGUCUCAUCGGAAGGUCAGCAAUGUACGACUCUGCCCUGACACGCAACGUGUCUGCCACAGAGACGGUCCUGAACGCCGCAGGGAGGCUCUUCUGCGCGGGCUUGUCAUCCCUGGACCUUGGCGCCGUCAUGGCCAGCGGCGCCGACGGCGGUGCAUAUCACGGCGCCGCCGGGCGCGAGAAGAUGCUCGUCGACCUCCCCGAGUACCCCUUCAACCACUCGCAAGGCUACUGGGCCGAGAGCCGGAUCAGCCGCAACAUGCGGCUGCGGCGGCAGCCGCGCAGCGACUUCCUCGGCUCGCAGGUUGCCGACUGGAACCCGGCCGACGCGCGCUGGCGCAUGUACCUCAAGCUGGCCGAGCACGGCUGGGUGCGGGACCACGAGGUCACGGGCCAGCUCAUCUACCCGGCGGCCGGCAUGCUCGUCAUGGCCAUCGAGGCGGCGCGCCAGCUGGCCGACACGGGACGUGCUGUGGCCGGCUACCGGCUCAAGGAGGUCGUGUUCGACAAGGCCUUGACGCUGCCCGCGGCCGCGUCAGAGGGAGUCGAGGUGCAGCUGCGCGUCCGCACCGGCAGGGUCAGCAACUUCACGGGCGGCGCCUCCGGCUGGUCCGACUUUGAGCUCGCGUCGCACGGCGACGGCGGGUGGACCGAGCACUGCCGCGGCAGCAUCCGCGUCGAGUACGGCGAGGCCACGGCGACGGCCAAGUCGGCGGCUUCGGGCAGCUGGGGCAGCGGCAGCGCAGCACGCGAGAAGAAGGCAAGGGAGGAGAGGGUGCUGGGCGAGGCCGCGGCGCUCGACCGUAGGUGCAGCGUGCCGCUCGACUCGGGAUCGCUGUACGGCAUGAUCGAGAUGAUCGGCAUAGUCUUCGGGCCAUCCUUCCGGACGAUGCGAGAUGUCCGACAGAGCAGCAGAAGCAGCAUCAAGCGCAGCGCCAGGGACCCCGCCUCCAACACGCCCUCAAGCGAUGCCGUCGCCAGCAUCCGCGUCAUGGAGCAGCGUCCUGGUGCCAGGCCAAACGGUCACCAGGUGAUCCACCCGGCCACACUGGACGGGAUUCUGCAGACCGUCUUCCCAUCGCUUGCCGCGGGCGACAAGCAAACAGCGAUGCGGACGCUUGUCCCGUCGUUCCUGGAAAACAUGUGGAUCGCAUCAGACAUCUGCCAGGACGAUCCUGCGUCGCUCAAGGCGCAUACCACGGCCCGCAAGCGGGGCCUUCGGGAAGCCGAGUGCACCGUGACAGUCACGACCCCCGGGGGCGACUCUCUUCUUGCCGAGUUGAGCGGUUUCAGGCUCACGGCCCUGAGCAACGGGGCUGGCGGUGGUGCCACCUCGGCCAUGAAGGGUCGCGACGGAAACUGGAGGCGGCUAUGCUACAACUUGGCUUGGGCCCCAGAUGUCGACCUUUUGGAUCUCAAGCAGGCACCCGACUGGUUCUUUGAGCCUUUGGCGACGGCAGAGGCCACCGCUCGUGGGGAGUCUCUUGGUCUGGAAGAAGAACUCGAGUUCCUGUGCUUUUACUAUGUCACCAAGGCAUUGGAUUACCUAGACCAAGGCGGGACCGGACCUCCGGCUGGCGGGCACUUGGAGAAGUACGUCGACUGGAUGCGGAUGCACAAGCGGCACGUCGUCAGUCUUGCCACGGGCGGUUCGGCUCCCACGGGGCCUCAUGCCAUCAACGCCAAGUCGGCAUGGCUCCGGCAGGUCCGCGACGAGGCGUAUGUGGUCGAGAUGAUGGAGCGGGUGCGCGAGACUCCCGAGGCACCUAUCCUGCUCCGGCUGGGACCCGAGUUGCCGGCAAUCCUCGCGGGACUUGUCGACCCGCUGGAGCUGAUGUUCCGGGAUGACGUGCUGCAGCGCCUGUACAGGGACGGCUUCGGCGCCAAGGGGACGUAUGCGGCCCACGAGCGACUUAUCGACGCCCUGGCGCACAAGAAGCCAGGGAUGCGAAUCCUGGAGAUCGGGGCUGGGACCGGAGGGACGACUGUGCCGCUGAUCGAGACGCUAUCACGACAUGGCCAAGGGUCGGAAAGUGAAGAUGGCACCCCGAGGUUCGAGCACUAUACGUUUACCGACAUCUCACCUAGCUUCUUUGAGAAGGCCCAAGAGAUGUUCAAGGACCAUUCGUCGAGGAUGAGCUUCAAAGUCCUGGACAUUGAGAGAGACCCGAUCAAGCAGGGGUUCAAGGCCGAGGGAUACGACCUCAUUGUUGCGGCUAAUGUCUUGCACGCCACUAAACAGAUGCAAGUGACGCUGGCGAACACCAGGCGACUGCUGAAGCCUGGUGGGAAGCUUCUUCUCUUUGAGCUCACGAAUCUGAACAUGCUCGGUGCCGGAUUUGCCAUGGGAUUGCUCCCAGGCUGGUGGCUAGGAACGGAGGCGAAUCGUAAAUGGGGCCCGCUGAUGUCCAGGACCGACUGGGACGCCGCGCUUCGCAGCUCAGGGUUCACCGGGAACGAGCUGCCGACACAAUGGCCGGGAAGCGAGAAGACGCAGACCAUUUCAGUCAUGAUGUCGACCGCCACAGAUCAUGCCAGGGCGCAGAAGGCGCCUCCAGCAUCGGCACCUAGCAACCAAAUCGUUAUUGUCGUGUCCGAGCGGUCGAAUCUGCAGCGAGCUGUGGCGGCCGAGCUUGCCCGAUAUCUAGAGGCAGGCCCCGGUAGGACGAGGAAGUCAGACCCAGUCAGGAUCUACUCAAUCGCCGAGGCGUCACGCACGCCGCUACGGGAUGCAGUCUGCGUCUUCCUCCCCGAGUUCGAGCACCCGUUCCUCGAGACCAUGGACGAGGCUAGGUUCGCCUGCCUGAAGCAGCUCACUGGCGCUAAAGGCCUUCUGUGGGCCACCAGGUCCCCUGUUGCUGGGACUUGGACGCCGGCGUUUGAUCUGGUGCACGGGUUCGCGAGGACCAUCCGCGAAGAGAAGGGGGAAGAUUUCGACUUUGUAACGGCAGCGCUGGAAGAUACGAGGGUGGAUCCUGCGUCGGUGGCGACCAAGCUCGGCCGUAUUAUACGAUCCACGGGCCUCCUGACCUCGGGUCGACGCGGCGAGGAGAGGGCUGAGCAAGAGUUUGUCGAGCGUGACGGAGUGCUCUGCAUCGGUCGAGUUGUCGAGGCAAACUAUCUCAACGACGAGAUUGCGACAAGCCUUGUCCCGGCCGCCCAGCGCACGCCAGAGAUGCAACCGCUCCAGCCGAAUAGACCGGUCAAGCUGACGAUCGGAUCGUUGGGGCUGCUCGACACGUUGCGUUUUGUGGACGCAGACGACGGAACCAGUGGCGAAGGCAGCCCGCACCUGCACAUCGAAGACGGAUACGAAGUCGAAAUCGAGGUCCGGGCAUGUGGCCUAAACUUCUUUGACGUCAUGGCCGCCAUGGGCCAAAUCCCCGAGGAUCUAGGGAUCGAGUGCUCGGGCGUGGUGUCGCGCGUCGGUACCCGGAUCUCGAGACUUAAAGUCGGAGACCGCGUCCUGACGGCGCAGAUGUCGUCGCUUCGGACUAUGGUCCGCGCGCCCGAAAACCUGGUCUACCCCAUCCCGGAGCACAUGUCGUUCGAGGAGGCGGCGACGCUGCCCAUAGUCUACUGGACCGCCUACUAUUCGCUCUUCGAGGUCGCGAGGCUCAAGGAGGGCGAGACGGUGCUGAUCCACUCCGCCUCGGGCGGGCUCGGGCAGGCGGCCAUCAACAUGGCGCGGCUGCGCAGGGCCCGCGUCCUGGCGACGGUGGGCACGGCCGAGAAGGCCGCCUUCCUGGUGCGCGAGUUCGGGCUGCGCGAGGAGGACAUCUUCUCGAGCCGGGACGUGGACUCGUUCGUGCUCGGCGUCGAGCGCGCCACGGGAGGGCGGGGCGUUGACGUCGCUCUCAACUCGCUCUCUGGCGAGGCCCUCCGCGCGACGUGGGAGCGCUGCAUGGCGCCGUUGGGGCGCUUCGUCGAGGUCGGCAAGCACGAUCUGGCCACCUUUGCGAGCCUGCCCAUGCACCCUGUGGCUCGGGGGGUCAGCUUCGCCAGCGGUGACGGGCUCUAUGCCUCUCGCAGCAACCCGGCCCUGCUUUCCCGCAUCCUAGGCGAGGUGGCUGCUCUCGCUCACGCCAAGGCCAUCGAACCGCCGAAGCCGUUACACGUCUAUGGGUUCGGGCAGGUCGAAGAGGCGUUCAGAUUGAUGCAGGGCGGCAAGCAUAUAGGAAAGAUUGUGCUGAGACCGGAGCCUGGCCAAAAGAUACCGAUUGCACCAGAUACUCGACCACAAUAUCAUCUGAGAGCCGACGCGACAUACGUUGUCGCCGGUGGCCUCGGUGGGCUUGGCCAGAGCGUUGCCCGCUGGAUGGUCCGUCGCGGGGCAAAGCAUCUGCUUCUCUUGUCGCGAUCAGGCGCGGACAAGGACAACACUCUCGUCGCCGAUCUUGUUUCGAUGGGGGCAGCGGUUGUACUAACACCAAGAUGCGAUGUGAGCAACAAGCAAGAGCUCGCAGCGACUCUGGAUGCGUGCAAGCUGAUGAUGCCGCCUAUUGCCGGCUGCUUCAAUGCGCAAAUGGUGUUGAAGGACGACAGCUUCACGUCCAUGAGCCUCGACGACUUCCACGCCGCCCUGGCUCCAAAGGUCAAAGGCUCCUGGAAUCUGCACAGUCUCCUGCCGGACGGGCUUGACUUCUUUGUGAUGCUAUCCUCCAUGACAGGGGUUAUGGGAAGCCAUGGGCAGAGCAACUACGCCGCCGGAAACUCCUACCAGGACGCUCUGGCUCGCUACCGUCUCGCAAGUGGCCAGAGGGCCGUCUCCCUAGAUCUCGGCAUGCUCCUGUCCGUGGGCUUCGUCGCCCAGCAGGGGCAGGACGGCAACGCCGCGCUCAUCCAUCGCCUGCGCGACCGCGGCUACAUGCCCAUCCGCGAGGCCGAGUUCCUCUCCCUGAUCGAGAUAUACUGCGACCCCACGACUGCACUGCCGCCCCGACGUGCUGCCGGCCCCCUAGAUGUGCUCCAUGCCCAGGUCAUAACAGGCAUCGAGACCCCCGCGUCCUUGCGUCGACGCGGAGUGGAAUUACCGUUCGCAUCACGCACGUCGGCGCUCUUUGACGCACUUCACCACAUGGGUGUGGGGCGGUACGGCGACGAGAGCGGCAGCGAUGCUGAUGCAGGUGGCAGUGGGUCCGCAGACGGGAAAGGCGGGCUCAAGGCGCGACUUGCUGCUGCUGCGUCCGUGGCCGAGGCUGGUGUCGUCGUGGCCGAGGCGCUCGCUGCUAAGCUUGCGAGGAUGUUGUCAGUCCCCAGCGCGGACGUGGACAUGUCCCGCCCGCUGCACGUCUACGGCGUCGAUUCCCUCGUUGCUGUGGAGCUGCGCAACUGGCUGGCCCGAGAGGCGCGGGCUGACGUUGCUGUGCUGGAGCUCAUGGGUGGGUCCAAUAUCUCCCGACUGGGCGCUGCGAUCGCGGCAAAAGCACAGGCAGUCCCGGGGAUCAUCUGAGGCUUCACACCCAGUUCGAGCCCCGAGAGGGGAAGAAAAGGAAGAAGAGAACGAAUCAAGAGGAGGGAACAACUCACAAAAAAGAGGACAAGACCAAGAGAACCAAAAAAGAAAAAAUAUAGCAGAACCUCAUCUUCAAGGACGAGGUUACGAGACUGAGCUUGGGGCCGCCUACUCCCAGCGGUGACCCAAAAAAAAACAGCAGGAAAAGGGAACCGCCAAAAAUUGAACUCAGGCCUCAGCGGCCUGGCGGUCCAUGGACCCUAAAGGCAUCCACAGAAAUGCGGUGUCAGUAGGUACCAACUGCGCCAGUUUUGUAUCAUCAUCGGCCUGUUGUUGCUGGAAGACGGCAGAGCUUCGCAUAUAUGGGCCUGCCAGAGGGCCCUGGGCUCGCAUGCGCCAUCUGCCAUGGCCGGCGCCCUCGCGUCACGCGGCAGAGCCCCCUCCUCUGCCGUGAUACGCAGGCAUUCACGUCUCUACGCGCUGCCUUGCCCCCCCUACCCUACCUGUUUACUUCCCGCCCCACUCCCACUUUGAUGCCAUAUCCCCCCUCGUCGAGACACGGAGUUGGAGUUCUUUUGUCAAAGACAGGCGCAGGCUGGUGUUUUCUUCACGCGAUGUAUUCUAGAAUUCCGGGCUCGCUGCCCCAUCUUCGUUCCGCAAUGAAGCACUUUCAACCUACGAACAUCCUUUUCGCGACGUCUGAUAUUGGAUAUUUUGUGCCCUUCAAUGCACCCAACCUGC